AUGGUGUCCAUCAGGUAUGUUAUCUACCGUAUCAGAGUUCACCGUGGUGGCCGCAAGCGACCAGUUCCCAAAGGUGCAACCUAUGGCAAGCCUGUGCACCAUGGUGUGAACCAGAUCACGUUUGCUCGCAGCCUGCAAUCUGUUGCUGAGGAGCGUGCUGGCCGUCACUGUGGAGGCCUUAGAGUUCUUAACUCCUAUUGGGUUGGUGAGGACUCCACCUAUAAGUUCUUCGAGGCCAUUCUCAUUUACACCUUCCACAAGGCAAUCAGACGCAAUACAGACGCCCAAUGGAUCACAAAGGCUGUGCACAAGCACAGAGAGAUGCAUGGCCUGACAUCUGCUGGCAAGAAGAGCCGUGGUCUUGGAAAGGGCCACAAGUUCCAUCUCACCAUUGGUGGCUCUCGUCGUGCUGCCUGGAGAAGACGCAACACUCUUCAGCUCCACCGUUACCGCUAAUUGGGAUAGUACUUGUAAAUUUGGCAAACAUAAAGUUGUUUGGACAAAAA